AUGACGAACUAUUUUGUUUCAGAAAAGUACAAGAUACCUCGUAGUACGGUAAUACUGAAGCUAAAGGCUCAUCGUAAUAGCAACGUACAUGUUACAGGUCGUAAGUUUUUUUCUGCAGAAGAAGAAAAAUCAUUCGUCGAUAACGUUGUUCUACUGUGCGAUUAUGGAUUUCCCCUAACUUUGUUUGAUCCGAGGUUUUUGAGAACCGGCAUGUUUCCCCUUUGUGCAACUAAAGUGUUAGACCAAUUACCAGGUUAUACUUGUCCUGCCGUCGACAAGAAUACUCCCGUGCAUGUUUCGGAUGCCUUUAAACAUAUAUUGGAAAUAAAAGAAAAACAGCCGCUGACGAAGCUGGAGAAAAAAAGAAAGAAACAACUUGAUGUAGUAGCAGGAAAAAACAUUUCUGCUGAUGAAGUAAAGACCUUACUUUUGCUUAGUGGUAGUAGAUAG